CGGAAGCUGGGUCGGAGGGGGGCGAAGGAGCGGGCUGAGCGCCUGCUGUUGGCCAGCGGACCGCAGGCCUCUGCCAGUGGGACUCCGGUGGAAUGUGAAACCAAAUCAUUUUCAAGUUAAAGAUAGACACAGUGUACACCAGGAGCUGGAAGCCGGAUUUUAAAUUCAUCUCUCGCCCUAGAAUUCCAGCGAGCCUUGUGAUGGUCUCGCUGGCAAUUAACAAUCUGGUGGGAGUUUGUUCUUCCAGUGAAUGUGCUAAGAACUGGGGUGCAUUUUGGAUGUACUGGAAUUAGAAGGACUUAGGAGAUCGCGGUGCGUGUACCCCAGGGUAUAUAGGAUUUACCAGACCCUGGACAAAGUACCUGGGAAGUCUUUAGAUGACAUAAUCAACUACCAUUUCAAAGAAAAGAAACUAGAUGGUUUUAGAAAGUUCAUGUUGUUUAUUCACUCAAUUUUAGAAUGAUUGAAGAUAGUGGGAAAAGAGGAAGUACCAUGGCAGAAAGAAGACAGCUGUUUGCAGAGAUGAGGGCUCAGGAUCUGGAUCGCAUCCGACUCUCUACCUACAGAACAGCAUGCAAGCUGAGAUUCGUUCAGAAGAAAUGCAACCUGCACCUGGUAGACAUUUGGAACGUCAUAGAAGCCCUGCGAGAAAAUGCCUUGAACAACCUGGACCCAAACAUGGAGCUUAAUGUAGCCCGUCUAGAGGCCGUGCUCUCCACCAUUUUUUACCAGCUCAACAAACGGAUGCCAACCACACACCAGAUCCACGUGGAGCAGUCCAUCAGCCUCCUGCUUAACUUCCUGCUUGCAGCCUUUGACCCGGAAGGCCAUGGCAAGAUUUCAGUGUUUGCUGUCAAAAUGGCGUUAGCCACGCUGUGUGGCGGGAAGAUCAUGGACAAGCUAAGGUAUAUUUUCUCGAUGAUUUCUGACUCCAGCGGAGUGAUGGUUUAUGGACGAUAUGACCAGUUCCUUCGGGAAGUUCUCAAACUACCCACGGCAGUUUUCGAAGGUCCUUCGUUUGGUUACACAGAGCAGUCAGCUAGAUCCUGUUUCUCCCAACAGAAGAAAGUAACAUUAAAUGGUUUCCUGGAUACACUCAUGUCCGAUCCUCCCCCACAGUGUCUGGUCUGGCUGCCUCUCCUGCAUCGACUAGCGAAUGUUGAAAAUGUCUUCCAUCCGGUUGAGUGUUCCUACUGCCACAGUGAGAGUAUGAUGGGAUUUCGCUACCGGUGCCAGCAGUGUCACAAUUACCAGCUCUGUCAAGACUGCUUCUGGAGGGGACACGCGGGUGGCUCCCAUAGCAACCAGCACCAAAUGAAAGAGUAUACGUCAUGGAAAUCACCUGCGAAGAAGCUAACCAAUGCUCUAAGCAAGUCUCUGAGCUGUGCGUCCAGCAGGGAGCCUUUGCACCCUAUGUUCCCCGACCAGCCUGAGAAGCCACUCAACCUGGCCCACAUCGUGCCUCCCAGACCUGUAACCAGCAUGAACGAUACCAUGUUCUCCCAUUCAGUUCCCUCCUCAGGAAGUCCUUUUAUUACCAGGAGGUUACCUGAGGGGACAAGUGCUGCUAGCCCUGGGGCUGAAGAGCACUUGCUCAUAAAGAUGUGUGUAAAUCAGCUUGCCCACAGCGCACGCUCUCCUCCCAAGGACAGUGAAGUAGAGCAGAACAAAAUGCUGGCUAGGGCUGCUCCUGCUUUUCUGAAGGGCAAAGGGAUACAGUACAGCCUAAAUGUGGCAGACAGGCUAGCUGAUGAACAUGUGCUCAUCGGGUUGUAUGUCAACAUGCUCCAGAGCAACCCAUCAUGUAUGCUUGAGAGUUCCAAUCGGCUUGAUGAAGAACACAGGCUGAUCGCCAGGUAUGCAGCAAGACUGGCUGCAGAAUCCUCUUCAGCUCAGCCAACUCAGCAGAGAAGUGCUCCUGACAUCUCCUUCACCAUUGAUGCAAAUAAGCAACAAAGGCAGCUGAUUGCAGAACUAGAAAACAAGAACAGAGAAAUCUUACAGGAGAUCCAGAGGCUGCGGCUAGAGCAUGAGCAAGCUUCUCAGCCCACGCCAGAAAAGGCCCAGCAGAACCCCACGCUGCUGGCAGAGCUCCGGCUCCUCAGACAGCGCAAGGACGAGCUGGAGCAGAGGAUGUCUGCUCUCCAGGAGAGCCGGAGAGAGCUGAUGGUCCAGUUAGAAGGCCUCAUGAAGCUCCUAAAGGAAGAAGAACUGAAGCAGGGAACCCAGGGGGCAGGCUCUCCUCGCUCCUCCCCCAGCCACACCAUCAGCAGGCCCAUCCCCAUGCCCAUCCGCUCGGCGUCUGCCUGCUCCACCCCGACGCACACGCCUCAGGACUCUCUGACAGGGGUAGGGGGAGAUGUACAAGAGGCAUUUGCUCAAAGCUCAAGAAGAAAUCUAAGGAAUGACUUGCUAGUGGCGGCAGAUUCCAUCACUAACACCAUGUCCUCUCUGGUGAAAGAGCUGAACUCGGAGGUGGGAAGCGAAACGGAGAGUAAUGUGGAUUCUGAAUUUGCGCGGACUCAGUUUGAGGACCUGGUUCCAUCGCCCACCUCUGAAAAGGCUUUCCUAGCUCAAAUCCACGCCCGAAAGCCCGGGUACAUCCACGGAGGAGCCACCACAAGCACCGUGCACGGGAGCAUAGUUACUGAAGACGGGGACCCCUACGUCCAGCCUGAAGAGGAAAACUACGAGAAUGACUCAGUCCGGCAGCUGGAGAACGAGUUGAAGAUGGAGGAAUACCUGAAACAGAAGCUUCACGAUGAAGCCUACCAGGUCAGCUUGCAAGGUUGAAUGCAAUAUCCUUUUAUCACUCUCCUCUCAAGCAAGCUAUAGUCAGACAGAUGAUGAAAGUAACAUGAAAAGUGAUGAUGGUGGAGAGCGCUGUACCCACAAAGAGGAGGAAGACAGCAGCGGGCAGCAGCCUCGUCGGAGAGAGGAGCCGCCACACCCAGCACCUCCCGACAAACCCCACUCCUAAUGAUGUGUUCUGAUGCCUUUAGUGCAGCUAAUUUUUUGUUCUAAGAUUUGUAGUUCAUAGGUGUAUGGUCUAGAAGGGGGAAAAAUGACUUCUGUUCAAACCUAAUUUAUCAGCUACAUCUUCUGUAGCACGGCUCAUCCCCAAGAACUCGUGCUGCAGCUGCACACGAGGGCAGUAUUAACAAGCAUUUUAAACUUUUGCACAUGCUACUGAACCCAUUCAGUUUACAAUGAUGAUAUUAAUACCAUUCAGAGCUAGAAGUCUGAUUUCUGGAUUCUUUGAGAUUUUAGCAAAACAGUUUAAUAUACACUGUACAUUUUUUUUCCACUGUAACUGGAAAAAAACAACCACUUGCAAUUAUUCACUAACCCUGAAGGAUUUGGUUCCUGAGUGUUUACACUCAGAGCCCAGAAGCCGAAAAGGGUCUUUGGUCUGCAGUUGACCCUAAGUCUCAGUGAGCAGUGACUUGAACCAAACACCAGGAAUAAUCCAUUGUUUGGGGCUUCUUUCCAACUGGAGGUUGUUUUCUUUCAAGUUAUUCUAAUGAGUCAGCCAUAGAAUUCAGUGUAAAUAUUUUUUUUUCCAAAUAGAUAUCAUAUUCAAAAAGACAACAUUCAAAUUAUAUAGAAUCUAGUUUUUAAAAUCAGCACAGAUCUUCUUAAAAACUGUGAACUAUGUUUUGAAAUACUCGUUACUAAAGCUGUUUAUAAACCACAGGUGCCAUAAGAUUCCCAAACGGACUGAAGUGAUCUAUGCUUUUCCAUGGUCUCGUUCCUCUCGUUUUUUAGCUUUAGGAAGCAUGUCUUUAACAGCACCACACAGCGCCCCCAUCAGGUUAUUUGGAGGCCUUCAGCUUUAAAUGUACAGGCUUAAAGUGCGCUUGCAAACCUUCACUCUCCUUUUAUUUCUGAAUGUUUAUUGCCUUAGCUGGCCACCUGGUGUCCUGCAUGCAGUGUUCUAUGGUCAUGUAAGACAAGCUCCUCUGUGUUGAGUUGGGGUUUUGCACUCAUUGAGAAGCUGAAAUGCAAAAGAACUGUUGAAGACAAGAGGAUACAAGACUCUGUUGGUGGUCCUUCCUGAGGGCCCUUGCUCUAAAUAUCUCCCUUAGGGACUCUGGGGGGAAAUGGAAAAGUAAUCUGUUUGUUUCAAGUCUGAAUGAGGGGAGACCUCCACACCAUAUUGGACAUAUUAUACGUAAAUUAGCAGCUUCUCUGGAAUUCCUGGUUUUCCUUUAAAAGAAAAAAGAGAACAUCAUGGUAGAACAGUGGUUCUCAAAAGGUAGUGCCCACAACAGCAGCAGCAGCAGCAGCAGCAGCAUCUGGGAAUAACAUAGAAAUGCAGAGUCCUCAGUCCCAGCCCCUGCCUGCUGAAUCAAAACUCUGGGGAUUGGGCUUAAGGGUCUGUGUUUUAAUCCACCACCCAGGUGGUUCGGAUGCAUGCUAACAGUUGAAAAUCAUUGCUUUAGAACAAAUUGUAGCAAAUAAUCUCUGAAAAGACUUGCUGCAGAAUACGUAAGAGAGAUUCUAGUCAACCUCAAUUCAGUUUUGCUUCAGGGUCUGGCAUAAACCUUCUCCCACCCUGGAACCUGGUCUGCACUGGAGGGUACCUGGCUGGGAACAUGUGUCCUGACAAUUUCAGGCUCUUUUCUUGAGGCCUCUCAAAUGCUCCCACCUCUGCAUUUGGUCAGAAAGCAUCCCCUAACUGGGAUCAGUAAGAGCCCCCACCUUGGCCCUGGAUAUACCUGCUCACACCUCCCUCCAGAGAACCCCCCUAACAGAUGUCCCUGAGCCCAGGCUAACACCAAAGUGGCACAAUUACAUGGUUCUCAGAUUUCUUUGCACAGGUGGAUUGUAUUGUGGGUUUUGUUGGUAUGUCUUAAUGUUCAUCUCUCUUGCACCGCCCAUCCUCUGUGAAACCAUACCUCUCUAGAUGGAGCAGGUGACCACUGGUGCCUCAUUCUCAGAAUUGAAAACCACUAUAUCCCAGCUACCUACAUUGCUGUCAGCUCAAAAAUCAGAGCCAGAUGGUUCUUGAAUUCAGAACUCAGACCCUGCAAGUGGCACUCAGCCACUGACUGGACUGAGCUGACAUGUGUUGUGGUCUCUUUGUGUUUCUACAUUUCAAUGUUUGUCUAAGGUUGGAACUGUUCUGCUGAAGACCUUCCCCUUGUCAUAGUUUCCAUUGCCAACCAACCCCAUCACACGGGUGUUGAUACCAUCGUACAAAGCCAUUGCAAGGACUCUGGAAAUUACCACUAGUGACCAAUUUCUGACUAACCAGCCACCUUUUCUUUCUCUUAGCUCCACGUCAGCACUGAGACCAGACUCAAGCACCCCUGUCCUGUAACCGAGACAAAAUGGCGUGUGUUGUUUUGGGUUUUCGUGAUUUUUGGUGGGUUUCUUUCAUUGGCUCUCCAACUUUACUUUUGGAGCCUGUUAUAAACACAAACCCAGCAGGUGUCAUCUGUCCUGUCCAUUCAAUACAACUAUGUCUUAAGGGGGUUGUCUCUUUCUUGUUCCAUGGUGAAUAUCAUGUUCAUCUCCAUCAGAGCUGAUAACCUAUUAAUGAGCACUGGUCUAACACAGCCACCUCCCCAUAGCACCACGUUCAUAGAAGAGGGGAGGAAGGAGAAAUCUACUGUAUAGGAUUCAGGAAUCUGUUGUGGUUGGUCAGGAUGGAAGUCGGGGUAAGUUUGGUUGGUCAGAGGGAGAUGUGCUGGAGACUAUGGAAAUGGAUUCUCGGAUGAUCUACUCUAAGGCAGGGAAGGUUCAUUUGUAAGUAGUAAUGUGAACUGAAUUGCAUUAAGAGUGUGGCCUUGUUGUGAUAUACUAUGUAUUUUCUUAUAUGCAUGAGCCAAGCUGUUGCAUCAUAAUUUAGCACUGAUGUCUGCUUUAAUUUGGUCGUCGUCAUCCUCCCUUAUGAGUUCUCGGCUGUUAACUGUAGAUAGAUCUUGUAAAUACAGCAACUUUGGGUUGCUGCAGUCACCUUAGCUGAUUCCACAUAAAGAGCCACAGAUGAGAACUCCACUGUGUCCUUAACGAAAGGGCAUUUUUACUUUUCAACCAAAAAGAGAAAAAAUUGGAAACAUUACAUCUUGAGGCUAAUUAUCUGUGAGACAUUUUUAAUUAUGACUACUAUAAUUUGACACCAUUUGAAAUAACCAAUCCAGAGACACUAAAGAUUUCACAAUAUUCAUUGGUGUUGUAACAAAACUACUAUCGUAUGGAUUUUUUUUUGUAUUGCUGUUAAGUAUUGUUUUGUGUGUAAGUGUGCGUGUGUGUGUGUGUGUGUAUGUGUGUAUGUGCGUUGGAACCUCCUGGGGACAUGUUAUAUUUUGAAUUGAUUAAACUAUUUAAUUGUGUGUCUAUAUUUUGGAAUGGAAUUAUUUCUUCAUUAAAAAUGUUUUUAAAAACA